UGACAUAAGUGUCUAACCUCAAAUUAAAUAUAUAAACAAAAACAGUUUUGCUUGCACGCAGAAAACGUUUACUUAUAAAAUUUUUUGAUUCUUCGUUUGAUUCAGUUAUGGCGGACAAAAAGACUGGCACAGUUGGUCCUGGAGGAGGUAGCGGCGGAGGCGGCGGCGACAAUAAAGAAAAACGACGAAAGGAAUCUAUUCUGGAUCUUAGUAAAUAUCUGGAGAAAACGAUACGUGUUAAAUUCGCCGGUGGCCGGGAAGCAGCUGGAGUUCUAAAAGGGUACGAUCCUCUGUUGAAUCUGGUACUGGACAACACCGUAGAGUUCUUGCGAGAUCCAGACGACUACAAGCUUGCCGAAGAAACGAGGCACCUUGGUUUAGUCGUGUGUCGGGGGACUUCGGUAGUGCUAAUAUGUCCCCAGGAGGGCAUGGAAUCGAUACAGAAUCCAUUUAUCACUCAGGAGGGCUAGUUGGUUGGGUUGAAAUAAUCAUUUCACAUUACAAAAGCAUUGAACGUGUUGUCAUCACAAAAUGAUAAACAUGUAAACUUUAAAUUAAACCAUAGGUAAUCGUUGAAUUUGUUAUUAUGAAGCAAAUUACAACAUUCAUGAUUUAUUCCUAAAUAUAUGUAUAAAGCAUUAA